CACCACCUUAACCACCACCUCCAGCUCAGCCUCCACCAGCCCAGCAGAAGGAACAACCUAUAUCAACCUCUUCGUCGGUGGAGACACGACCAUGUUCCCGGUUACAAGCAUGGCCGGCAGCAUUGUCUACGCAAAUGCACUAGCCACAACUAUUACCAUCAACUGUGUCAAGGGAAAUAGUGUUUGUAAUAGGAUUUCUGGCGCCAUCACCGCAAUUCAAGGCCCUUCAACCUGGUCAGGUCAUAUAGUCGCGCAAACCAAUAUCCUGGGUAUCCAGGCCAUAGCGACUGUACAAUCAGACUGCACGAUUACUGCUUCAACAAAAUUCGCGUCAUGUGCCGAAACAGUGAUGCUCGUGGGAAAGGCCGACGGUUCAGCGGUGACCUCAACAAUGUCAAAAGAGAUCUCCGUUCCAAGCAGUUAUAUCGCCUAUGAAUCUCUGUUUAUUACCGCAGGACUUGACAAGCUGAAUCGGCCGCAGGCAACUCAAACCCCUGGCACUGCCCCGGCUAAGGUAACGGCUAACAUGGCGCUGGCCGCAGGCGGUGCUGUCGCUGGAGCCGCUGUUGCCCUUGCCGAGUUCCUAUAGAAUAUCCCAGGGAGAAAGCAUUUCUACCCCUGUUCGUAACCCACGGUUAAUGGCAUAUAUGUUAAUUCUCAUGUAUUCUUUCAGCUGUUUGCAAUAUUAAUCGCAUCUGUAGAUACCGGACCAGUUUUUGACUCUUCUGCGAAUGGAUAUGAAUUUUUUCAAUACGAAGUAAUUCCAUAUACAGUCGAUGCAAUUCAAAGUCAAAUUGUGUGUUUACAUGACUUCACGAUCUGUACAUUGGCUAGAAAUGGGCCGAUAGGUACUAGACGAGUAAUCACGACGAUCUUAUUUCAGGUAGGUGAGCACACGGUCACGCCAGUUGGCCUAGGAUUGACUAAUGAGUGACAUUGUCAUCAUCUUUUCACUUCUGUUUGUUCGCUGGCUUCAUGGGCUGCCCCGAUUCAUUUCUAUUGUUCUGUGUCUGUUAGUAUAGUACCGGCUUCAUUCAAAC